GCACCGCCCAGAUCCUACGUUGCCCCUUCUGAUAAAGUUGCCCGGCCGCGCCUGCCAGAGAAGGAGCACGGGAAAUACCAGAACCAGGUGAAAUACUCGGAAAAAUCAAAUCUCGCAAUUCGCCAAUUACCGUAUCGUGCCCAUGGCCAUGAACCAACCGACUGCAACGGACAGCGUUGGCAGCAGCAACCCGGACCCCCUCCCAACCCUCUCCAGCUCAUCCGAAUUUCUCUCUCCUUGUCCAAAGUUUGGCGUGCUCGUGCUUGGAAACCCCGAGUCGACAAAGCAGGAGUUUUUUUCGAGCAUCUUCGGGGUCGAUCUAGAGAAAAAACUUGUCGCAGACGCCUUCAGCAGCGCGCACGACAUCGAGAAGGAGCUUGACCUGCAGGGACAGAACGAGCGCCUAGCCAUCUACACAUCGCCCAACUUUGGCACCGACGACGAGGGCGUCUACAGCCGCGUGUGCGACUUCCUCGCGGACAACUCGGCGCCGCCGAGCCGCGUGCACUGCAUCUGGUACUGCGUCGCGAGCGAGGAGGACCGCCCAGUGCACGCUCUCGAGGAGCGCUUCUUCACGCGCGACCUCGCGUCGCUCGCCGCCCACACGCCCCUCGUGCUCGUCUUCACAAAGUAUGACGAGUUCGUCAGCCAGGUGCAGCUGGACUGGUCGCGCCAGGCCGACCACCGCGGGCUGUCCAAGGUCGCCGUGUCGCACAUCCUGCGCGAUCUGACGGCCAAGCGCUUCGCGAAGCAGAUCGGCAAGAGGUGGGACGACGUCGAGUCGCGGAGCCUGAUAAAGAAGAUCCCGAGGGUAUGCGUUGCGAGCCGCAGCGAGGUCGAAGACGACGGCCUCGGCUCGACAAGCUUUUACGCGCUUGCUACCGCGACGCUGGACAACCUGCGGGAAAGGAGCGUCAAGACGGCGUUCGCAGCGGCGCAGAGAAAUUCCGCCUCGGUUGCGACGCGAUUCUGCGCCGACACGGCCGCCGAAUACUUCGCCGUCGACACUGGCCACGCUCGCAAGCUGUCCGGCGUUGACAUGCGCGACAUCAUGCCCAACUUCUUCGCCAAGGCCGUCCAGAUCUUCAACAUGCGGGACAGCGCGGGCGUGCUAACCGACAGCUCGCUUCUCGGGAGGGUGCUCGAAGCCACGUUCGACCCGGGCGAGCGGCUGCUGCUCGACCAGAGCCUGCACUACAGCACGGCCGACUCGGGCACCAUGCUGCUCAGCCUCAGCCCGCACGAGCGCGCGGUCCUGCUGACGCAGGCGCUGGCGGGGAUCGUGCUCUUCCUGUACAAGCUGGCCGACACGCAGUGGCCGCACGAGGACUUCCUGUCGCCCUACACGCUCUCGGCACGGACGCUGGAGCACGCGCUGCGCGACAUCAGCUCGGGGCACGAGAAGGGCGUGGUGCUCGAGACGGUCGAGGCGAGCCCCAUUUUCGCGUCGUGCCAGCUCAAGUCGCAGGUCGCCGACCUGAUUGCGCGAGCCGUCGAGCAGGCCGAGGACGGGCGCGCGCCGAAUUUUGUGGCCAACGGCCGCCAUGCCUCGUCGCGCGCCAUCAUUGUUGAGGACGACGCGGAUUUGCAGGAGAUUUCUAUGAGUUUUGUGAAUGACAAGAACCCGGACGACAUGGUUCUCCCGUGCGGGCUGUCGAUUCUCCGUCUCAACUAGUCUGCGCAAAUGAAUCGGGUUGAAAUGAGAUGACGAGGAAGGACCCGCUAGUUCAAUGUAACUGUUGGGGUAUUUGGCUAUCAUCAGGACUGGUAUUUAACUCAAAGUGUGUCCAGGGGCAAGGCUCUAUAGACGAGUUUACAUCUAUAUUUGGGUACAUAGUUAUUGAUUUAUUGAAUGGCAAAUCAUCAUAAUAAUGAAACAAA